AUGUCCUUUGCCGCGUGGGCUAUUGCCAUGUCAUGGAUAUCCGCAUGUAAUGCGGUUGUCCACGACAUCCCAGGGCUUCUUGCACCGAUUCAGCAACUUGGCACUCAGAGUGGCGUCGAUGCGACUGCAUAUUUCAAGGCGAAGCCAGGCGAUUUUGUCCAUCCAGGAAUCUGGCAUACUCACGAGGAUCUUGAGCGCAUGCGCGACGUAUUCAGCACCGACAUUUACUCUCAGUCAAACUACACCAUGCAAGGCCCGAAGGCGUAUCUCUCUCGUGGAGCGAUUAGCAACUACUCUUCAUUUACUUACGAUGUUCGUGCCGCAUGGCAGAACUCUCUGAUGUGGUAUAUUACUCAGGAUCAAGCCCACUGGAAUCUAACUUCUGACAUCCUCAACGCUUGGGGCUCCCAGUUGGUGGAUAUUGUGGGUACCGAUCGGUCGCUUCUGAUUGGUCUUGAAGGAGACCUUUUUGUGAAUGCUGCUGAAAUCAUGCGCUGGGAGGGUAACUGGACAGAGGCUGGCGCCGCCUGGUAUGGUGGCUCUGGCUUCAGCAACCAGCUAUAUUGGCUUUUCUCACGCCAGGCGGCAGUGAUCGGCCAGGCUAAUUAUGGAAUGAUUAGCAUCAAGUCUCUGCUGAGCUUUGCAGUCUACCUCGAUGAUGUUGAUCUGUAUAACUAUGCUAUCAACGCAUACAUUAACGACCGCUGUGCUAGCGUAUUCUCGCUCUAUCAUCCGAGCACUGGCCAAAGCUCAGAAUCGGGUCGUGACCAAGGCCACUCCAUCUCUGGCAUCGGGUGGACGGCUCUGGCAGCCAAAACUGCACAGAGUCAGGGUUCCGACUUGUUCAAGCUGGGAGAUAAUCUUCUGCUCAAAGGAUCAGAGUACUCAGCCAAAUACAACCUGAAUUAUACAGUCAAGUAUGACCCGUCCUGGUUUCGCUGUGAAGCGGUGCUUGUGGAUGGGCCAUGGGCGGAAAUCUCCGAGCAAGGUCGAGGAAUUAGCAAUCAACGGCCCAUUUGGGACAUGAUGUAUUAUGAGUAUGUUGUCAAACGAGGUCUCCAUGCGCCUUACACAACUCAAGCGUCCACAGCAGAGGGCUUCGAGGGUCGGGUCUUCUCGAACGUAGAUGACCUGCCCAGCUGGGGCUCCCUGGUGUUUGCUUAUUAG